CCCGAGACCACCUGGAGCCAAGGGAGCUGCUGUGGUCUCCAUGCUGCCCCCUUCCUGGUUCUUCUCAGGUUUCUCAGGCUAUCAGAUGCCUCCUGCAUCUAACCGCAGGGGCAGAGCGGCUGGGCCUGACCCGAGGCAAUCUCCUGGUCCUUGGGCAGCCGUGUUCUUUUUCCCUCGUCUGUUUCCCUGGGGACUGUCUCUGCCUUGUGCUUAGUUCCCACUGACACGACACAGCCUCCUGGUCCCACAAACACAUGUGCAAACGUGGUCAGAGCCUGUGUGGGAUGAGUCCGGUCUGCUUUGAUGUAGUUCCACCUUCUUCCCUGUCUUGCCCCGGUCUGGUCAUCAAAAAUGUGAAAGGCAGGCAGGACACUGACACCCAGUGUCACUCCCCCAGCGGCUUCCGUGCAGCCUCUAGGCCAGUCCUCGCCUCCUUCCCCAGCGGUCUCACCAGUGACACGGACAGCUAUUGCCCUGAGCACUCCCGUGUGUCUGUGAAGGCCACUGGGGGGUCAGACAAUGACCUGCUGUGGAAGCUCUCUGAGUUCCAUGGGGAAAUUGGACCACUGGACCACUGUCAUUUCACCCUGAGGAUGAUGAGGGCGCUGGGACCAACCUGGCCGGACCUGAAUGACGAUAGCCAAUCAGAGUUGAAAAUAGGCCCCAGAAGCGAGGAGAUGAGACAGUUACACUUACUUCCUCUUUUCUAAUUUGAGAGGUUUCAUGUUGAAGACUAUCAGGGUGUUUGAGGCUGCACGAGAGCUACUCGCGGCCACCAUGGAUCUGGGCGGUGUCCUCGCGGCCUGGGCCCCCUUCUCCCCCGCUGUGCUCUGGACAGCCCAGAUGCUCCUGGUGGCCAGUUCUGAGACGCUUCAGUGCGAAGGACCCGCCAGCACCCGGGACAGCAGCUGCCACACCGGUGCCUUGGAGGACCCAAGGGAGAAGGACUUCCAGGUCAAGGGUUACACCUUCAGCGCGCCCUUCCAUCUGGUCGUGGCCUACGACUGGCUGAUCCUUCAAAGUCCAGCCAUGCCGGUGUUUGAAGGGGACCCACUGGUUCUGCGCUGCCAGGCCUGGCAAGACUGGCCGCUGACCCAGGUCACCUUCUACCGAGAUGGCUCACCUCUGUGUCCCCCUGGACCUCACUGGGAAUUCUCCAUUGCUGCGGUGCGAGAGGCAGACAGCGGGCAGUACCACUGCAGUGCCGUCUUCAGGAGCCUGGGUCCCGGGAACCCAGAGACAGCAGCUUCCGUGGCUGUCACCGUCCAAGAACUCUUUCCGGUCCCAGUGCUCAGAGCCACACCCUCAGCCGAGGCCCAGGAGGGGGACGCGGUGACCCUGAUCUGCCAGACGAAGCUGCCCCCGCAGAGGUCAGCCACCCACCUCCUCUUCUCCUUCCACAAGGAUGGUCAGACAGUGCGUGGCCGGUCCCUGUCCCCAGAGCUGCAGAUCCCCGUGGCCUCUGCAGCCCACGCUGGGUCCUACUGGUGUGAAGCCACCACCGAGGACAGUCAAGUGUGGAAACAGAGCCCGAGGCUGGAGGUCAGGGUGCAGGGUCCCCCCAGCUCUGCUGCACCCCCCGCCCUGAGCCCAGCUCCUCAGGAAUCAGCCGCUCCAGGAACAACGGCUACGGACCCCUCGGAGCCUCCGCCUGCAUCACCCCCACCGUCCUCUGAGGGCCCAGGCCAGUCCUGUCCACUGCAGGCCCUGGACCCCCACCUGCACCACCAGAUGGGUCUUCUUCUCAAACAAAUGCAAGAUGUGACUGCUCUGCUUGGUCACCUGGUCGUGGAGCUGAGGGACUUGUCUGGCCGCCUGAAGCUUGAGACCUCGAAGGGUCGUGCCAAAUAUGAGUGAACAGUUCACCUUUAGCAUUGCCCCCCACCCCCAAAUCCAGCUCUUUCUCAUUUCCCUUUUAUGCAUAAAGAGCUCUGCAGGUUGCCCCGGCCUCGUUAGAGCAGCGGAGAUGGGCGAGUGGAAAUAAACUUGUACAGCUGCAGUUGUGUUCUUGU